ACAAAACUUGGCUAUGCAGGAAAUACGGAACCACAGUUCAUUAUUCCAUCAUGUAUUGCAAUCAGAGAGUCACCAAAAGUAGGCGACCAAGCCCAGAGGAGAGAAUUGAAGGGAGUUGAUGAUCUAGACUUUUUCAUAGGAGAUGAAGCCAUAGAUAAACCUACCUAUGCUACAAAAUGGCCCAUACGACACGGUCUUGUUGAAGACUGGGAUCUCAUGGAGAGAUUCAUGGAGCAAGUAAUUUUUAAAUAUCUUCGCGCUGAACCCGAGGAUCAUUACUUUUUAAUGACAGAACCUCCACUGAACACUCCAGAAAACAGAGAGUAUCUUGCAGAAAUCAUGUUUGAAUCUUUUAACGUACCAGGACUUUACAUUGCUGUUCAGGCAGUGUUGGCCUUAGCCGCAUCUUGGACUUCACGGCAGGUUGGCGAACGUACAUUAACAGGAAUAGUCAUUGACAGUGGUGAUGGAGUAACACAUGUAAUUCCUGUGGCAGAAGGUUAUGUAAUUGGAAGUUGCAUCAAACAUAUCCCUAUUGCAGGUAGAGAUAUUACAUAUUUCAUUCAGCAGAUCCUAAGGGAGAGGGAGGUAGGAAUUCCCCCUGAACAGUCUCUGGAGACAGCAAAAGCCAUAAAGGAAAAAUAUUGUUACAUUUGCCCUGACAUAGUAAAAGAAUUUGCCAAAUAUGAUAUAGAUCCACAAAAAUGGAUCAAACAGUACACAGGCAUCAAUGCAAUCAACAAAAAUAAAUUCAUUAUAGAUAUUGGUUAUGAAAGGUUUCUUGGACCUGAAAUUUUCUUUCAUCCUGAGCUUGCUAAUCCAGAUUUUAUGGAAUCCAUUUCGGAUGUAGUUGAUGAAGUUAUACAGAACUGUCCCAUUGAUGUUCGUCGUCCAUUAUAUAAGAAUGUGGUUCUUUCAGGAGGAUCCACAAUGUUCAGGGAUUUUGGACGUCGACUACAGAGAGACUUGAAAAGAAUAGUGGAUGCAAGAUUGAAACUUAGCGAAGAACUCAGUGGUGGUCGGAUAAAGCCCAAACCGGUUGAAGUUCAAGUGAUAACACACCAUAUGCAGCGCUAUGCAGUUUGGUUUGGAGGUUCCAUGCUUGCUUCAACAACAGAGUUUUUCCAAGUAUGUCACACCAAGAAGGACUAUGAAGAAUAUGGCCCUAGUAUUUGUCGUCAUAAUCCUGUCUUUGGAGUCAUGUCAUAGCACUUGUCUAAUGGAAGUCAUGGGUCAGAUAUCUUGCUGGUGAAGAAACUCUUCGGAAAUGGAAGAAGGCAGCAGUUACUGUAAAUACUGAAGCAAGAAGUGGAUGUUCAUCUCUUGGGCCAGGUCUACACUACCGCGGUAGUUCGACGGCUGGCAAUCGAAGUUCCGG